GGCGCUGCGCCGGGCGGGCAGCGGCGUGCGGAUGCGGGAGAGAUAAAUGAGGAGUCAUAGGCAGGACGCAAUUCCAGCCCAGGGCGAGGAGCAGCCCCUCCGGAGGGAGCUGGAGUCGGGGAUCGCUGGCUAGAGGAGCCGGGGGAGCCUGGCGGCUCUGGCCGCCGCCCCGCGGCAGCGCUCACUUCUGGGCACAGCUGCUGCUGCUGCUGGCGGCUCCUGCUGCAGCCAUGGAACCCAACGGCACAUUCCUCGCCUGCAACAGCCUCAAAGAUGACAAGGACCUGAAGUUCCUCCUGAAAGGCAGCCAGCUGCUAAAAGUGAAGUCAAGCUCCUGGAGAAAGGAGCGGUUCUAUAAGCUCCAGGAGGACUGCAAAACCAUAUGGCAGGAGUCCAAGAAGGUGCUCAGAUCCCCAGAGUCACAGAUCUUCUCCAUUGAAGAUAUCCGGGAUGUGAGGUCAGGCCAUAAAACAGAAGGCAUGGAAAAAUACGCCAAGGAUGUCCCAGAGUAUCGCUGCUUUUCCAUCAUCUUCAAAGACCAGCGGAAAAACCUGGACCUCAUUGCGAGUUCAGAGGAUGAUGCCAACCACUGGAUCGCCGGCCUUGGGAAAAUCAUAGCCCACAGCAACUCCAUGAACCAGAAAGAGAAACUCCAACACUGGAUUCACACCUGCCUGCGGAAAGCUGACAAAAACAAAGACAACAAGAUGAGCCUGAAAGAGCUCAAAGACUUCCUGAAAGAAGUGAACAUUGAAGUCGAUGAUUACCAUGCCAAGAAGAUUUUCCAGCACUGUGACAAGUCCAAAACAGAGGCUCUGGAGGAUGAUGAGAUAGAGGAGUUUUACAAGAUACUGACAGAGAGGAAGGAAAUAGACAGCAUCUUCCAAAUGUACUCGAACCCAGAAGGGUUCAUGUCCUGCCAGAACCUGGUGAGGUUUCUCUAUGAGGUGCAGCAGGAAGAAGAUGCUGUUGUUGCUGCCCCUGCCUUAAUUCAGAGAUACGAGCCCAACGAAAGAGCCAAGAGGGGCAACGCCAUGACCAAGGACGGUUUCCUGAUGUACCUGCUGUCAGAUGAGGGGAACAUAUUCAACCCCUCCCACCGGAAAGUUUACCAGGACAUGACCCAACCUCUCAGCCACUACUUGGUGUCAUCCUCACACAACACCUAUCUCAUGGAAGACCAGAUCACAGGGCCAAGCAGCACAGAGGCCUAUAUCAGAGCCCUCACCAAAGGCUGUCGCUGCGUGGAGCUGGAUUGCUGGGAUGGCCCCAACUCAGAGCCCGUCAUUUAUCACGGCUACACUCUCACCUCCAAGAUCCUCUUCAGCGAUGUCAUUAAGGCCAUCAAGAACUAUGCAUUCAAAACCUCUCCAUACCCCGUCAUCAUCUCCCUGGAGAACCACUGCAGCGUGGAACAGCAGAAGGUCAUGGCCCAGCACAUGACCACCAUCCUGCAGGACAUGCUCCUGGUUGCCCCAGUCGAUGGAAACAAAUCCCAGUUCCCCUCCCCAGAGCAAUUGAAAGGGAAGAUCCUGGUGAAAGGCAAGAAGCUGAGCAGGCAGGAGGACCCCACCAAUGGGAACAACAGCCUGGAGGCCGAGGAUGUCUCUGAUGAAGAUGAAGCAGCUGAAAUUGAAGAUGAAUCUGUGAAGACCAAAUUAGAGCAGAAGGGAAAGAGUGACACCUUGAAGCUGGCCAAGGAGCUAUCAGACACAGUUGUCUACUGCAAGAGUGUCCACUUUGAAGGCUUUGAUGACCCCAGCCAUCCUCGUGCUUUCUAUGAGAUGUCAUCGUUCUCGGAGAGCAAAGCUCUGAAGCUGGCUCAGGAGUCUGGAACCAAUUUUAUUCAUCACAACAUCAGGCACCUGAGCCGUAUCUACCCUGCAGGCUGGAGGACGGAUUCCUCCAACUACAGCCCCGUGGACUUGUGGAACGUCGGCUGCCAGAUCGUUGCCCUAAAUUUCCAGACAGCAGGCACAGAAAUGGAUGUGUACCAGGGUCGUUUCCAGGACAAUGGGUUUUCUGGAUAUGUCUUAAAACCGGAAUUCCUUCGGGAUGAGCAAACCAAAUUCAAUCCAAAAUCCAUCACAGAAGGAACAUGGGGGACAAAGAAGAAGCUCCUGCUUAAAAUAAUCUCUGGUCAGCAGCUGCCAAAGGUGAACAAAAGCAAAAACUCCAUUGUGGAUCCCAAGGUAACGAUAGAGAUCCAUGGCGUCCAGCAGGACAACAACAAGAAGCAGACCAAAGUCAUCGAAAACAAUGGCUUUAACCCGAACUGGAAUGAAGAGUUUACAUUUGACAUAGAGAUCCCUGCACUUGCCCUGGUCCGGUUUGUGGUGGAAGACUUCGACAUGUCCACCAAGAAUGACUUCAUCGGGCAGUACACCCUUCCCUUCACGAGUCUGAAGCAAGGUUAUCGCCACAUCCACCUCCUGACCAAGAACGGAGACCCGUACUCCUCCUCCACCCUCUUUGUCUACGUCAGCAUCCAGGACUGUGAUUAGCAGCCUGGCUCCUCCAGGCCACAGUGAGCCUCCUUACAGACGUGGCAGGAAUUCAGCGUAUGAACCCUGCCAGUGCCAGGGUCAGUCCCCAGCACCUUCCCUGGAGCAGCACUCGGUGCUCCGUAGGACCCCUGAUGUGAGACAGCCAUCGACCUUCUCCCUGCUGCGUGCUGGAAACUUCCUAAUGCUGCUGUUGAGAUUAAUCCUUUUGUACCUGUUCGACCAGUCCAGCUGUGGUUUUAGUUCACUUUGUUUUGAUCUUUUUUUUUUUUUUUUUAAUGUUGCUUUUAGCGAGAGGCUAGGGACUCCUUUCUUAGUGAAGUACAGCUCUUGGGUUGGGCUCGAUCAGGCAUCUGGGCAAAGCACCCAACAUCUGUGCAAGGAAAAGUCUCCCUCCGCACUGCAAUCGGUGGCCAGGUGCCAGGUGGCUUCUUGGAACUGCAGGUGUCAGGCAUCUUUCACCAUGUGAAGUCCUAAACGGGGACACGAUUCCCCUCCUUUCUGUUACAGAUUAAAAGAGAAAGCUGCACUACAAAGCCCCGUGUUAUGUAACCCGAGUUUCCCUCUGUGUCCUAAUAAAAAAUACAUGAGCACUACUCUGCCUGUGUGCCUGGCUCUCAGCCAGGCCACUUUGCAUUCAAAGCCUGGCUCUCGUCCUGUGGAGGAGAAAGAACAGCAGAUUUCCCUCUGACCCAAAGGGAAACCCACUCAAAGGGACCUCGGAGAAGGUCUUUUGCCAAGGACAGUGGAAACAUGCUCAACUGCCAGCACGUCUUUUUUUUAUUUUAUUUCUUUUUCCUGUUUUUUCCUGGUUUUUUAUUUUUUUUUUUUUUUUUUUUUUUUUUUAAUACAGUAAAACUUCGUGUUUUUACAGAAAAAUGCCAAUUUUUAACAGAGAGGAAGUAGAUGUUGUAAGUGCUAGCAGGUCCCAGUUGCACUGUAGAGGUAACCCAGCACAGGAGUGUUGUGAAAAGAGCACAGUAUUUAUGGCAACAAGUGAUUUGUCUUCAAGUAGAACUACAGAGUUAAGGGAAUAUUGUUGAAAUAAAAUAAUAUAUACUUUGAAGUGCCAACUGUGUUACUAACAGUAUGUUAGACUAUUAAAAGUUUAAAAAAAAAAAUUCUGCAAGCGUUCAUUUACUUGCCACUAUUUGCCCCUUUUUCCUACUUGAAUGCAACAUAAAUUAAUUUGGAGGCAGACCUGUUUAAUUUCUUAAAUUAUCAGGCUUCCUGGGGGCUCUGAUCCCUGUGGUGAAGAUGAGGGGCUGAUACCAAAGAUGUUAAUGUCCUUUGAAACAUAGGCUGGUCAUCUUAAUUUUUUAGUCCAAAAUAGCCUGGGU